AUGCACAUAUCAUCAGCAUUGGCUGAUUGUGGUGAAAGACUGUGGACAUGUGAUAAUGGCGAUUGUAUACCGAUUAACAAGCGGUGUGAUGGUUCCGUAGAUUGUUCGGACCAUUCUGAUGAAAUUGCGGAGAAUUGUAUACACAUGGCCUCUGACUGUCUUCCGUUUGGGUUUGUUUGUAGCUACGGAGCUUGUAUUGCCGGUGUUGGUCGUUGCGACAAUAAUACCGAUUGUGCCGAUAAAUCUGAUGAAUAUGCAUGUAUGAAUGAAAAUCCCGAGCAUCAUCGUGGCAACUGCAGAUCAAAUCAAAUGCAAUGUUUAACGAGUAAGGAAUGUAUUGGACGUAACGAUAUGUGCAAUGGCGUCAAGAACUGUAGGGACGGUUCAGAUGAAACUGUGGAAGUAUGUGCCGGUUUCGAUUGUAGUAGUGGCUUUCAAUGUGGUUAUGGUGGCUGCGUAGCCGAUUAUGCAAAAUGUAAUAAAAUUCGUGAAUGUGUUGAUGGUUCAGAUGAAGCCUGGGAGCUAUGUGGUACUCCGAGGAAACCGGAAAUCUCAGUAGGUGUCAAAACUAUAGUUUUUCCCGAUAGCACAGCAAUAGGAAAUGGCGGUCAACGAUGCCGUAUACCAUUCGACCUACAAAGUGUCAUUGCACUAAGGCACUUAACUGGAAAUUCGACAUUGAAACCGGGAGAUUUUGUUGAACAAUUGGAAGUCGUUUACUUUGAAUGUUUUAAAAAUAAUAAGAAGUUAGAUUUGGGAAGACGUAAAUGUGAGGGUGGAGAAUUUAAUGGACCAAUUCCUAAAUGUCAAGUGGUUUGUAAUCCCCAACUGUUGGAGGGACUCUCAACGAUAUACAAUGUGUAUUCAGCCAGUGGCAAUUUCGUGAAGCGAUCACUUCAUAGAUAUGGUAUAGCAGUCGGCAGUAUAAUUCACUCGAUUUGUGCUCCUGGUUAUAAGCGACAACAAAUGAUUGGCAAACGACAAAUUUUGAGAUGUCUGACAGAUGGUACAUUCGAUCAGAAACGUGAACCUUGUGAACAGUACUGUGGUCAUCCAUCGGUGCCAAUGGCUUCCAUAACCAAGGGUGUGACUUCCAAUGAUCCUAAUCAAGUUCCAUGGCAUGUUUCCAUAUAUAAGUUGGUUAACAAUAAAUGGGAGUUUAUUUGUGGGGGUUCAAUAGUCACCCCACGAAUUGUUAUAUCAGCUGCUCACUGUUUUUGGAAUAACGAAUUGAUGCGAUUGGAACAUUCUAAUAAUUUUAGAUUCGUUGCUGGCAAACAACAACGAGUAUUUGAUGAUAUUCAGGAAAAUCAAGUUCUAAUCAGAGGGGCCGAAAUGAUUAAUGCGUCUGCAGAUUUUGAAGGCAUAAGAACUAAUAAUUUUGCUGAUAUUGCUGUCAUCAAAUUGGACUCCCCAUUUGUUUAUAAUGAGCAUAUAUCAGCGAUAUGUUUUAAACAUUUCACAAGACUUAUCAGUGAUAUUGUACAAUCGAACAUUACCGGAACUGUAACUGGUUACAAUGAACUAAAUAAUAAUAUGGAACGAGUAUCUAUGACCACCCAAGGAUACUAUGAAUGCAUACAGCACAAAUCUAUAGGCGAAACAUUGUCCGAAGAUAAAUUCUGUUUAUACAAAGAUAACAGUGAACGAAUUUGUCGCGGUGAUAGCGGCGGUGCAUUUGCUCAGAAACUUAAAGUUGAUUUUCCAAAAUCAGAGGAUCUAUACUAUUUACUGGGCAUUAUAAGUUUUACACCUAGAACAGAAAAUGAGUGUUCGCGCACAGGUUAUGUAGCGGCAACAAAUGCGAAAUUUAUGCGUCCGGAUUUGUAUAAUAUAUUCCUCAAGGAAAUUAAUAAUGACGAGAGUCUGUUUUAG